AUGGGCGAGCUUAGUGCGGCGAUCCACGCAGUGGGGUCGCACGUGUGGGUGCAGGACAAUGAUGUGGGGUGGAUGAAGGGGGAGGUUGUGGGGCUGGAUGGAGAGCAAGUGAGCGUGCGGCUGGAGACCGGCGCCACUGUGAAGAAGUCGGCUAUGGCGUGUCCGAGGCAAAACGUGGACGGGCGGCCGGAGGAGGACAUGACCAAGCUGCCCUACCUGAACGAGCCCGCCGUGCUACACAAUCUGCGGUCGCGCUACAUGGUGGACGACAUCUACACCUACACCGGCAACAUCCUGAUCGCUGUCAACCCCUUCGCGGCACUGGGCCACCUGUACGGGCGCCACAUGAUGGAGCAGUACCGGGGCGUGGACCUGGGAGAGCUGUCGCCUCACGUGUACGCGGUGGCCGACGAGGCCUACCGGCUGAUGAUAAAAGAGAGCAGCAGCCAAUCAAUUCUGGUUAGCGGAGAGAGCGGUGCUGGCAAGACUGAAACGAGCAAACUCAUAAUGCGCUACCUUGCCUUCAUGGGAGGCUAUAGAGAAGCCGCAAAUGACUCAGCAGAUGACACUCGCAGUGUGGAACAACAGGUCCUUGAGUCCAAUCCUCUGUUGGAGGCUUUUGGCAAUGCAAAGACAACCAGGAACAACAACUCAUCCCGGUUUGGAAAGUUCACAGAACUGCACUUUGACCAAAACGGCAGGAUCUCAGGUGCAGCUAUCAGGACAUACCUGUUGGAACGGUCACGGGUGGUGAGCUUGAACGACCCAGAGCGGAAUUAUCACGUUUUCUAUCAGCUGUGCGAUGGUGCCUCUGAUGAGGAGAAGGAGGCUUUUUUCCUGAAGCCAGCAUCGGAAUUUGCCUACCUGAGUCAGAGCACAUGUUUCAACCUCAAGGGUGUCGACAAUGCUCGAGAGUACAAGAGAACAAAGAAGGCCAUGUCGCUUGUGGGCAUACCCGAGAAAGACCAGAUGGAUGUCUUCAGGACUGUUGCAGCUGUCCUCCACAUUGGCAAUAUUGCUUUUGUUGAUGGCGUUGAGACAGAGUCAUCAGAACUGGCCGAUGACAAAGCCACCUUCCAUCUCAAUGCCGCUGCAAAACUGCUCGGCGUCUCAGCGGAGGGACUGAAACAUGCCCUGACAACAAGGACCAGGAGCACUCCAGAUGGCAAAAUUGUUAGUCCUCUCCCUCCGGCAGCAUCCAUGGACAAUCGCGACACUCUGUCCAAGACGAUCUACUCAAAGCUGUUCGACUGGCUGGUGUCUGCUGUGAACACGUCCAUAGGACAGGACCCCAACUGCCGAUGCGUCAUUGGUGUGUUGGAUAUAUACGGCUUUGAGUGCUUCACGGAAAAUGACUUUGAGCAGUUCUGCAUAAACCUUGCCAAUGAAAAGCUGCAGCAGCACUUCAACCAGCACGUCUUCAAGAUGGAGCAGGCUGAGUACGAGAAAGAAAAAAUCGACUGGAGCUACAUCGAAUUUGUGGACAACCAGGACGUCCUGGACCUCAUCGAAAACAAGAUGGGCAUACUGGACUUGCUGGAUGAGACCUGCAAAUUUGGAAAUUCGACUGCGGAUGACCUCGCCCAGAAGCUGUACCAAGCUGACACUGUGAUGAAGCACAAGCGGUUCUCCAAGCCACGGCGCUCUGUGACUUCCUUCACCCUGGACCACUAUGCAGGCGCUGUCACCUAUCAGGUCACCAAUUUCAUGGCCAAGAACAAGGACUUUGUGAUCUUUGAGCACCAAGACCUGUUGGGCAGCUCGGGGCUCGAGUUCGUAACAGUGCUAUUCAAAUCGGAGGAAGAUGCCCCCAAAGCCAAUGGCAAAUCUGGGAACAAGUCUGCAUACAAAUUUUCUUCCGUUGGGAGCCGUUUCAAGAAGCAGCUACACGAGCUGAUGUCUACACUCCACACCAUGUCUCCACACUAUAUAAGGUGCAUCAAGCCGAACAGCGUGAACCAGCCUAUGAACUACGAGAAUGUGUAUUGCUUGCACCAAUUGCGAUGUGGUGGCGUGCUGGAGGCUGUAAGGAUCAGCUGUGCAGGAUACCCCACGAAGCGUCUGUAUGGUGACUUCGUGGACCACUUCUGGCCGCUGGCAAUCAAGCAGUACCACGGCAACGUGAGCGACAAGGAGCUUUGCAAGGAGAUCGUCACAAAAGCCGGAGUGGAGGACUUCCAGAUGGGCAUCAGCAAGCUGUUCCUGCGGUCAGGGGGCCUGGCCAUUCUGGACAAGAAGAGGACAGAAUUGCUCAUGGCAUCUGCCACCAGAAUUCAAAAGAGUGUGAAGGGUUACCUUCAGAGGAAGCGUUACCAGAAGACGCUCAAAGCGGUUGUCGUUAUCCAGGCACACACUCGUGGCAUGUUUGCUCGCCGUCUUGCUGCACAGAAGCGGCGCCUCAGGGCUGCUGUCAUCAUUCAGAAAUACACGCGGCGCCACCAGGCCCGUGAGGCAUACAACAAUACGUACCGCGCCGUGCUGCGCAUGCAAGCAGGCUGGAGGGGCCACAAGGCACGAAUGGCUGUACAUGACCUGCGUGUCCAACGGGCGGCCACAAAGAUCCAGAGGAUCUGGCGAGGCUACAUGGCCCGAAAGGAGUACCAGAGGAUUGUCCAUGCAGCAAUCGUCAUUCAAUGUGGACGUCGUGUGGUGCUUGCAAGGCGGUUGAAAAAGAAGCUGAAAGCGGAGGCCAAGGAGGCAGGGAAGCUGCUGGCAGACAAGAAGAAGCUGCAGGAGAGAAAUAGGGACCUCGAGGCCUUGUUGGCACACGUGCAGGAUCAGAGGAAUGAUCUCAAGAAGUUCCUGAAGGAGGAGAAGGCUGUGGGAGCCAGAAACCUCGAGAGGAUCGCAGCCCUGGAGCAAGAUAAGGAAAACAUAAACGCCCAACAGCAGGAAAAGCUCAGGAUGGCGGUUGAGGAACAGAGACAGGGCAAAGAAAAGAUCCAAGAGGAACUGGAAGCCAUGCGCAAGAAGGCCCGCGAUCGUGAGAAGGCGCUCAAACAAGCCAAUCUGGAUUUGGAAAAGAAGGUUGCCGAAGUAGGUGAAAGGUUGUUGGCAUUGGAGAAGGACAGUGAGGACUUGGUGGCACAAUCCAAGAAGAAGGAGGAGGAAUUAAUGAGAAGGCUUGACAAUGCCGUGAAGCAGCGAAAUGAUGCCAGGGAGAGAACUCUGGGGCUGGAGAAUGAGCUGAAGAGGCAGGAGGAGGAGAUCGCUGCCUGCAAGCUUGAGGCAAAGGCCGGGCAUGAGGCUGCAGCGGCUGCUGCCGCAGAAGCUGCAGCCCGCCCUACUUUGCGGAAGCACAGGUCCAUGAGCAUGGAUGUGUCGACCUACAACAAAAAGAUUCACAAUGCUGAAAACGAGGCAGCCAAUGGGGAUGUCUUAGAGUCCAAGUUUGCUGGGCCAGGCCAGGAGUACCCCGAAGUGGACCGCACCCAGCAGGAGCUGUACCUGAAACAGCAGGCGAUGUACAAGGAGCAGCGCAAGGCAGAUGAGGAGAAGUUGCUGCAAGCCCUCACUUCAGACCUUGGCUUCCAAAAGGGCCGCCCGUUGGCUGCGAUCGUCAUUUUCAGGUGCUGCUUGCAGUGGAAGUCGUUCCAGGCAGACAAGACGUCUGUCUUCGAUCGUAUCAUUCAGGCGAUCGGCAAGCAGAUCGAAGAGAAGCAGGAGGAGAAUAGUGUGCUUGCCUAUUGGCUCACGAACAUUGUUACGCUGCUGUUCAUGCUGCAAAAGAACAUAAAGCCGGCGAGCAGCGGCGCUUAUGGCAAGUCUGGCAGGCCUGGGAGCAGUGCACGUUCUCUCCUGGGACCCAACCGCUUCACCAGCUUCUUCUCCAGGAUGACUGCACCGUCCACACCAUCUUUCUCAGAUGCCUCCAUCCAUGGAGGCGCUGGAAGUUUUGCAAUGAUUGAGGCCAAAUACCCUGCGCUCCUGUUCAAGCAGCAGCUGGAUGCCUUUGUGCAGAAGAUCUUUCCGAUGCUGAGGGACAAUGUCAAGAAGGAAAUCACAAACCACUUGUCGUCCUGCAUCUUGGCACCAAGGGGAGGCACAAGGUCUGGGGCUAGUCGUAUUAGCCGGACGACAUCAACAUCUGGUGGCCUUUCUCCCCAUGUGCAGGGCCGCCAGUGGGAGGACGUCUUGCACGUCCUAGACCGCGUGCUCUUUGUGCUCAAGGCCAACCAUGUGCCACACUUCCUCAUGCAGAUGCUGUUCAAGCAGAUAUUCGCCUUCAUCAACGUGCAGCUCUUUAACCAGCUCCUGCUGCGACGCGAGUGCUGCUCCUUCUCCAAUGGUGAAUACGUCAAGACGGGGCUGUCUGAGGUGGAGAACUGGAUAGACAACUCUUCCCGGAAGUAUGUGGGCGACUCGUGGGACGAGCUGAAGUUCAUACGACAGGCUGUGGCCUUCCAGGUCAUCCACCAAAAACCCACUAAGUCCCUCCAGGACAUCACCACGGAACUGUGCCCCUGCCUGAGCAUCCAGCAACUGUACCGCAUCUCCACUAUGUACUGGGACGACAAAUACAACUCCGAGACCGUGUCGCCAGAAGUUUUGCAGCAGAUGAAGCAGCUCAUGGUCGACAACUCGUCUGCUGCCAGCCACUCGUUCCUGCUGGACGAUGACUCAAGCAUCCCAUUCUCACUGGAGCACAUUGCACAGAACAUGGACGAAAAGGACCUGUACUGUGACAUUCGGGAGACUCCCGAGGCCCUGCGGUCGAGCCAUGGCUUCGACUUUUUGCACAAGCCCAUGACGUCGGUCGCCUGA